AUGAGUAAAGGCACACCUAGAUGCAAUCGUUUCAGAUUUAGUAUAAAUAGUCAAAGAAAACUAGAAAUGUUACUGUGGCUUAUUCUCUGCUUAUCCGCCCUUGUGAUCGACAACGCAAGCAUCCUUAAUCAUAAUUUUACCUCGCGAUGCAGGAAAUUUCAUCAUUCAACUUUGUUUCAUAAUAUCUCCUUUUUUUUCAACAUAUUUUAAUUCAUUCUACUUAUUUUAUUGACGUUAACUCAUACAUCAUGCAUCUGUGUUAUAUAAUAUUUAACCUAACAAAUUCACAUAUUCACACUUCCCAAAUUAAUUAUACUUCCUGUCAACUAUUACUCAAAUGGCUGCUGUAGCAUAGUGCUAACAUUUAUUUAUCCCUGUUUUUGAUUCAUAAUGAGAGACACUAAUAUUAUUGCACUUGGAUAUUCCCAUUCACUAUCGAAUUGUAGCACACAUCACAACAUUUAUUUCACACCUACAUAUUAUUGUACAGCUAGGAAAACGAAAUCGUUGCAGGCAACAUUUUUUUUCGUUCAUUUUUCGUUGUUAAUAUGAUUAUGAAAUCCAACUGGAUUUUCUCCACCUG